AAUUGAUCUGCCUUAGUCUCUGACGUACCCACAGGCACGGUGGUUUCAUUAGAUACAUAACAAAAUCAAAAUUUGCUUUAAUUAUUGAUGCAGCUUGUUUGUUGUGGCAUUAUUUUUUUUCGCGUCUGCGAAGAGGGCCAACAACGACUCAUUUCGCGGCUAAUUGCUUAAUUUUUCUGAUCUAAAAAUGUAAUGAGUCAAUUUCUAUAGUCUCCUCCGAGAUCAACGAAGGUGGAAAUGAUAACAGCCAACUGCUGCGUUCACCAGAAUAAAUUUCCUAUUAAACUUGUUUUAUCAGCUCCUAUAUAUGCCAGAAACGUCUCACGGUAAAGUAAAGCUGCAGUAGUGACAAGGUGUCCGAUAAAUGUUAAUACAUCAAAGCUAGCUAACAGCAAAUUCGAAGCAAAUAUUGGCAGGUGUGUCAGGUGUCGAGUAUAAAAACUUGAGUUACCUUGGAGCCGAAAUCUUUUAUACGAGGUUCGAAAGCAUUUGAUAUAAAAGGGUAACCUAUGCGUUUAUAAAUAUAGGUAUUGGUGAACGUUCGAUGUUGCAGUUGGUAACGUUCGGGUGGCGACCCAUAAGCUUGUGUCCGCUCCUUUUAUGUUGCAUGAGAAUAGCGAGUUUUUUCACAAUCUGAUCUAAAUAUAUUUAGAAAUAUGUUUUGGAAUAUAUUUGAUAUUUCUUCUCAAAACGUUUGGCAGUCGCAAAUUAUGGUUUGGAUAAUCCAACCAGCACGGUGGUAAGGGCGAAUUUGUACAAAUUAAAUAUGGGUGCACCACUUAUGUCAAAUCAUUUUAUUAUCCAGAAUAAUUAAAACGUGGUUUAGAUUUUAGCUGCAAGAGAAUUCAACUAAAACUGACAAUAUUUAAUAUAAAUAAACAUGACAUCUGCCGCAAUUUCUUCAUUUGUGAUGGUUUUUGUUCUCGCCUUCGUCUGUACGGCGACUUUGGCAAGAUCAAUUGGCCAGCAACAGCAGCAAAACGGAAUUCAGGAAUCAGAGAGAAGCGGGAGGGCCAUCAAAAGUCUUUGCGUUGAUUACUACUCCCAACUCCCAUACGCGCUUUGGAAACAUGCAUGCGGGUCACAAACAACUCUCAAUCGCCGUGGAUUUCAAAAUAACGCGGAAGGGCCAGUAAAGAAGUCGAGCAUGGAAUACCAGCAGCAGCAGAGCAAUAGAAUGAUCAAUGCUCUUUACGCUCGACUCUUCGAAAAACUAUCCAAGGAUAUGUCGGAAAACAAAAGAUCCGCAGACCUUUUCGGAGCAGAAGCGCCGAUGUAUAUUAUUUAAACCGACAUUUCGCUGAAACUGGUUCUUAAUCAAGCUUGGUCACAAAACAUCGGGUGCAAUAACUAUUAGUGAGAGCCGAUGGCUCAUUUGGCUGUGUCGUAUAUGUUUCCAUAAACGUUCUGCUCAUGUACAUCCAACGCACUCUUUUAAUUUAACAUGAAUAUAUCAUAUAGAGUCUUUUCUGGCAUAAAAGAAAAAACUUCGAUUAACUUUAUAUUCUUUAAUAAAGUGAGCAUGUGUAAAACU